GGUUACUCGUUGGCGUUGUUUCACGGGGUGACUUGGCGAAAUCUCACCUCGAGACAGACGGGGAGAAAUAUUGGAUUCAAUAAGUCGGCCAUUGUACCACCGCGUGUCGUUCGUUUGCGGUUAAUGACGUGUGUUAACUGGACCCUAGCGGAAGAGUAAGAGACACCGCGGUGUGACCACUUCACUCUGACACAGUCGAUCUCGGUUUGUUCGGAUAUUACCAGCAUGGCGCAACCCGAGAAUGAACGGAUUGGACCAAUUCACAGACGAUAUUCACACCCGUGGAUGAUACUUAUAAUCAUAGUUAUAGGACUUCUGCUAAUCGGAUGCAUGGUUCUUGGAAUAAUGUUACACCAUAAACAGAAUACAGUUUAUACAGCCAUACCGUUGACAAAUGCCAGUAUUGUUGUGAACACCAGACUAGUGGCCAAGUUUAACCUUGGAGGAAUAUCUGGCGAUGCUAAAUUUAGCCAAGUGGCGCUACUAGGGGAUGUAACUCUUGAGAUCACCAUCAAGAAAGGUGUUACGACUACGCCAGUAACCGGUGACGUCACGUGGGAAAUCCGAAACCAUUGGGUAGACCUGUCGGUGAAGGAGAAGUGCGCCAGUGCUGGGAUGAGGUAUGGUGCGCUGGGAAGUACAGACACUUCUAGAUCUGAUCCUGUCAGAAUUACAAUACCAGGCAGUUCUCUAAAUGACGCCAACAUUCUACAAGGGCGAACCCUACACAUCAGUGUUGUAUCGGGCAGCACGACAUACACCGCCUGCGCCACCAUCAACGUGGAUGUCAACAACGUCCACACCAAGUACAACUACUACGUGGCCGACAUGGCGGGCGCCGUCAUGGGAUCCAUCUGGUUCAGAUCGUUCGUGGACGGCGGUGGCGUGCAGAUCUUACCAAACCUCUAUGUGCACGACACGCAGAAAGCGCAUAGCAGAAGUUACAACUGGACUAUAGUGGCCGAGACUGUGACGUCGUGCUCUCACGUCACGACACGACAGAGUUACAACCCUUUGCAUGUAUCCGGCAAUGGCUGCACCACCACGGAUCCUGAGAAGUGCGCAGUUGGUGACCUGUGUGGGAAGCUGGGGGAAGUUCCGGUUGGGUCGAAUUACGGCUCGGCCAGGACCUUAUUCCGUGACACUAGCUUCAAUAUUAGCGGCGUCGUUGACAUUUCCUCGAAAAUCAUUGUUAUUGUUGAUCAAACGACUGAUGAAGUGAUGGGGUGUUCGCGUAUUGUCGCCGUCAGCGGGAGACACAGCGUUGCCAAAUUCAGCAACGACGGGGUGAUCGGCAACUUUCAGUUCCUUCAGACAUCUCCGUUCGAUUAUACGGAAGUCCGUGUGAGUGUUUAUAACUUGCAAAACAAAGCGGCUGGUUAUCACAUCCACGCCUACCCUGUCCCGUAUAAAGCAUUGGAGACUCAGUCUGUGUGUGACGUUGGGUCUGUCGGGGGCCAUUUCAACCCCUAUAGAAUAACGGUGAAUCCGGAUCCAAAAAAGGAAUCAUUUGACAAGUACGAGGUGGGCGACAUCAGUGGCAAGUUCGGCUUACUGACCGGAGAAACAGCUUUAUCAGCCACAUACUGGGACAACAACCUCCCAAUGUUUGGGCCGAGCAGCAUCAUGGGUAAAUCGGUGGUCAUCCACUACACAAGUGGGGCCAGGUGGGUGUGCUCCAACAUAAUAGAAUCGAAAGCAACCAUCACCGCCAUGGCUACGUUUAAGUAUCCGGUCAGUGGUCACGUGUUGUUGAGGCAGGUCAGAGACGACGACUUUGUCGAGACGUCGGUGUUCGUGUCGUUGGACUACACCGAUGGCCAGCAGCACCCAGAGUUCAUCAUAGCCGGCUGGAUGAUCCACAGCUCCCCCGUGGGUUACGAUGACCAGGCGGCAGAGUUCGACCGUUGCCAGUCCACCCUUGGCACGUAUGACCCGAGCAUGAUGGGAACCGGGAAUCUGAAUCAGUGUUUCCCAGGCAACCAGCGGGGAUGUCGGGUCGGCGAUCUGACCCGGAAGUUGUCUCAGAGCGUGACCUUGACGCCGGGAAAAGCAGUGCCUAGGAAAUUCACCUUUGUGGACGGAAAUCUUCCGCUCUCCGGUCCGUCGUCCGUUAUUGGUAAAUCUAUUGUUGUCUACGGUUCCGGGUUAAAGACCAACGUCAGAAUCGCAUGCGCAACAAUAAAGGAAGUGAGAACACAAGCGGCCAAGGUGGAUGGCUGGUCGGAGUCGGUGACAGGUUUCAUUAAAUUCUCUCAAACGGCUGGAGUGAUUCAUCAAUUCACCGAUAUGAAUGUUGAUCUUAAAAAUUUGAACAACAUGGCUGAAAAAUAUCACGUUCAUCUGUUCCCUGUUCCGACAGGAAGUGACGUCACAAAUCCGUGCAGCAGUAAAUCAGUUGGCGGCCAUUUUAACCCAUUCAACGUAAGCUUCACCGGAAGUCCGGCGCCAGCUAAAGGAACUAACGACCAGUACGAGGUAGGCGACCUAAGCGGGAAGUUUGGCCUCAUCUCUAACAGAAUCAUCUAUAGCAGAACGUCAACAGAUUCCAAUCUCAACUUGUUUGGGGUGAACAGCAUCGUGGGGCGGUCGAUUGUCAUCCACAGGGAUGACGCUGCCUCGUCUCGAUGGGUUUGUGCAUCGAUUGUACAGGAUCUCGCGCUUACAGGAGGCACGUACAUUCAAGCAUCAGCCACGUUCCGAGUGACCGAGACUACAUUGACAGGUUACAUACAAAUGGGUCAGUACGUGUAUCCAGAUGGUUCGUACAGUGACACUAACAUACUGAUGGACAUAAACUACCCGGAUGAAAAAACUCAUACUCUAAAACACAACUGGCACGUUCACGAGAAGCCUAUAUCUGGAGAUGGUAAGGCAGCGACCAAGGUCUGCAGCAGUGUAGGUCCGCACUACAACCCGUAUAUGGUCAACGUUACGACUGGCUAUGAAAACUGCAAGGCCAGCAAUCCGUUGAGGUGUGAACUCGGAGAUCAGGCCAACAAAGUGGGAACUUACGACAUGGGUGGAGGAAAGCGAGUUUUCACCGACGUUGAUCUUCCUCUGUCGGGUCCCUACUCAGUUAUUGGAAGAUCGUUUGUGAUCCAUGUGCCGGACCGAGGAGCGGGGAGACUUGCGUGUGCAGAUAUCAUUGCCGUGGACAUGCCCGUAGUACAGGUCACCAUAAAGAAACCAACCACUCUGAUCAAACGCGACAUACUGCGGCAGUACGCUGAGGCCCUUCAAACUGGCUGGUGGAAUCUCGCUGUGGUUGUCAACAGUGAUGACAAUGGCUGUCUGUCCGUUGAUGUUUAUUUCACAGGUGAUCAAGCCACAUCUCUGAAAAUACAGUUUGUAAAUAUUUUGAAAUCGUCUAACAAGACUGUACUAGGAUCAUUCAGCCCAGUGGUAUGUGGAACAGUUUGUAACCAGGCAUCGAUGACUCUUCUAACAGUGUGUUUGUGUGGACUGCUAAAAUUGUGGUGACCAUUUGAGGGCCGUGGGAAACUGUUAACAUGAUGAAAAGACAAAUAUUGCUAAGGAAUCUACUUGAUGGCCAUGUGUUUUAAGGAGACUGUGGCACAAAAAAAAUGAUUAAUAUAAAGACUGGACACAUAUAUGAAAGAAAAGGAAAGGAAUGUUUGCAGUUUGUCGACAAUCCAGUGCUAAGAUGACAACAGAGCUAUUGCAGCAAGACCAAGUUCACGUCCUGGUACCGGCUCCCACUCAAGUGUUUUAACAGCUCAGUGGGUAUGUGUAAGGCCACUACACCGACUUCUCUCUCACUAACUACAUGUAUUAACGAUCAAUUCCAUGUCCUGGAUAGAUGGCCCAGAUACCUGAGGUGUCAGCCCAGGACAGUGUGCUUGAGCCUUAAAUGGAUGUAAGCGAGAAAAUAAGUCUCAGAAUACACUGAAACAAACACAGGCCUCACCCCUACUUGGGCAUUUUUGUCCUACUCAAUGUAGAUAUAUGAUAAAAGUUUUGUUCUCUACCCAUCCACCCCCCCCCCCCCCCCCCCCCCCCCCCACACACACACACACACACACACACUUCAGAUAUUGUUCCUAUGGACUUGCACCUACAGUUUCAUAAAAUAUAGUUUAAAUCAAACUGACACAUGCACAAAAACUGAUUAUAAAUAUUGAUGUACACUGCAUAUUUCUAUAAACUAUUAGUGUAUAUUUGAAAAACAAUCUGAUGGGCUAUUAUUUGACAUGUAAAUAAACAUAUUGUGUUAUUAUACAAAACACACAUAUUAGAUAAUACAAAAUGAUUAUGUGAAUUUAUCUUGUGAAAAUAUUUGCAUUUUGUAUAUGUUAAUGAUUACUUUAUAUUAUAUAUUUUAUUUAUCUUAUUCUUUGUUAACAGCUGUAAAUAUUAAUUAUUAAAACAUGAAAUGCAAACAGUA